AUGACAGAUAACACAGUGAAAGGCUUUAUAGAUGACUCAACUAGAGCUAGAAACACUUUCCCAUUAAGCGUUGAUGACUUAGUCAACGUAGUAGAAAAGUAUCGUCAAAGAACUUACGACGAGGACAUUAGAUAUAUAGAUCAGAAUCUGAAAGGCAUGUCUGGAAUUGCUGAAUCUCUUAAGACUUCAUACGAAAGGGGAUUGAUCCCUACUGAUUUCGACUAAAGAAAUGCACAGUUUGGAUCAAACAAGAAAGUUCCUAGGAAGAGGACUCCAUUCUACAGAUUAUUCUUCGGAGCCCUCGAUGAUUUUAUGCUUAAACUACUUCUUGUUUGUGCUUGUGUCUCAAUUGCUAUUGAAGUUGGUUUUGCAGAGCCAGGUCACAGGAGUCAUGCUUGGAUUGAGGGUACUGCUAUCUUCAUCGCUGUUUUCGUGGUGGCCUUUGUUAUAUGUCUAAGAAAUGGAAAAGAAGAACAAGUUUAAUUUGACAAUAUAGUUGUCGGUGAUGUCAUCAAGAUCAAGGCUGGUAUGAAUGUGCCUAUUGAUGGAGUGAUCAUUAGAAGCUCGGGAGUAGCUGUCAAUGAAUCUGCAAUGACUGGAGAAUCAGAUGAGCUAAAGAAAGAAUCUCUCGAGAUUUGUCUUCACAGAAAAGAGGAAAAGGAGGCAGAAUUCGCCUUGACCAAAGACCCUCAUAAAACUUCUCACGAUCUUCCUUCCCCAGUACUUCUUUCAGGUACUUAGAUCACUACAGGUGAAGGCUGGUUUGUUGUCGUCAUGGUUGGAAAGUAUAGUUGCGUGGGUAAAAUUCUAGGUAAACUAGAACAGAGAAUUGAGACUACACCUCUUCAAGAAAAGCUUGAGGCUAUUGGAACAGAUGUUGGCAAACUUGGAAUGUAUUGUGCUAUGCUCACAAUUCAUGUCCUCUUCCUUAGAUUCUUCAUUACUAGAUUCAUUGAUAGAACUUUCGAUUUCUUCGGAGGAGAGAGGGUAAUGAAUAAGUAUGGAAAAUUUGAUGGCUCUUUAAAGGAUUAUUGCGAAGAGUGGCUUGGAUAUCUCAUUAUUGGAGUCGCAAUUGUCGUAGUUGCCGUUCCAGAGGGACUUCCUUUAGCUGUCAUGAUCUCCCUUGCUUACUCUGUUAAAAAGAUGCUCAUGGAUCAGAAUUUCGUCAAGAGACUUGCUUCUUGUGAAAUCAUGGGAGGUGCUAACAACAUUUGCUCUGACAAAACUGGAACUCUUACAAUGAACAAAAUGACUGUUACCAACAUCUGGGCUGGAAGAGAUCAACAAUUGAAGGUCCAAGAUCCCCAAUUCAGAUGGGCUGAUUACUUUAACAAUGAUAAACAUGCUAAUCUUAUUUCAGAAGCUAUUUGUUGCAAUACAUCUGGUUCUAUCAGAGAGGCUUCUGCUACUGAAUAAGCAAUGAUGAACAUGAUGGUUAAGUUUGGAAUUGACCUGGAGGCCAAAAGAAAAGAAAAGCUACCAUUAGACUUUAUAAGAUUUCACUUCACCUCAAAGAGAAAGAGAAUGUCAACAAUUACUUAGAAUUGUGGGUUGACUGAGCAUGGAUACGAUAGAAGGAUUCACAUGAAGGGGGCUGCAGAAAUUGUGCUUGCAGCUUGCACCUAUUAUCUAAAUCAAGAUGGUGAAAAGAUUCCUCUUCAUGAUGAGAUGAAGUCCAAUUUACUCUAAAUUAUUACUUAAUAUGCCAGUUAAGCUCUAAGAACCAUAUGUAUUGGUUACAAAGAUCUCAAUCAUGGAGAAGGUGGUCCUACACAUGAAGACAUGGAUGAGGCUGGAGUUAUCAGAGUUAUUGAAAAGACUGGAUUCACUUUGAUUGGCAUCUUAGGAAUCAAGGAUAUCAUAAGACCGGAAGUACCUCAUGCUGUAGCUUAAUGUCAAAGAGCUGGAAUUACAGUAAGAAUGGUUACUGGAGACAAUAAAAUUACUGCUAUGGCAAUAGCCAAAGAAUGCAAAAUUAUUGAUGAUUAAUUUGGAAUUACAGCAGAUAGCGUGAUGGAAGGACCAGAGUUCUAUGAAAGGAUGGGUGGACUUAUUUGUAAAACCUGCAAGUAAGAUAGUCCAUGCAAUUGUGAUCCAAAGGAUGUCGUAGAAGGUGUAAAGAAUCAAACCGCUUUCAGAUAAAUUCAUCAACACUUGAGAGUCUUAGCUAGAUCAAGACCAGAAGAUAAAUAUUUGCUGGUUACAGGACUUAAGGAGCUAGGUGAUGUAGUUGCCGUGACUGGUGAUGGUACAAAUGAUGCACCAGCUCUUAAGAAAGCCGAUGUCGGAUUUGCUAUGGGUAUUACUGGUACUGAUGUUGCCAAGCAUGCUGCAGAUAUCAUUGUUAUGGAUGAUAACUUCGCUUCAAUUGUCAAAGCUUGUAUGUGGGGUAGAAACAUUUAUGAUAACAUCAGAAAGUUCUUACAGUUCUAACUAACUGUGAACAUUGUGGCUCUCUUCACAGCAUUCGUAGGAUCAGUUAUUCUGAAGGAAUCCCCACUUUAACCAGUUCAACUUCUAUGGGUUAAUUUAAUCAUGGACUCUAUUGCCUCAGUAGCGUUAUCAACAGAGCCUCCCAAAAUUGAGCUUUUAAAUAGACCUCCUCAAGGAAGAGAUGAUUAUAUUAUCUCUAGAAAGAUGGUAAAGCAUCUUAUCUGUAUGUCAAUCUAUGAAAUCAUUAUUGUCUAUUCAAUUGUAUUUGCAGGUGAACACUUCUUCCCUGAGCCUGAAGUCAAGUAUAGAUAUACUAGAAAAGAUAUUCCUUAUGUUUUUCCUGGAAGAGUAGAGGAUUGGGAUGGCACACCACUAUGGAGUCUAUAUGCUGAAGAUUUCGGCGCAAGUAGACAUAUGUCUAAUGUAUUUAACGUCUUUGUCAUCUUGCAAAUUUUUAACCUUAUUAAUGCCAGAAAAAUCAAUGAUGAACUCAAUAUCUUUGACAAUGUAUUCAGUAAUAGUACAUAUUGCAUUAUCAUGUUCAUUAUCUUUGGUGGAUAAGCUUUAAUUAUGGAAUUCGGAGGAAGAGCACUUAAGGUUAGUCCCUAUGGACUCCACUGGUCACAUUGGAUUAUCGCUAUAAUUCUCGGAUUCACAACUUGGGGUGUCAAUUUCUUCAUUAAAAUGGUUCCGGAUACCUGGUGUCCAUAGUUUGGCAAGAAAAAGAAAAAUCCUAUGAUGGAAGAACCAAGUGCUCUUUCAUUAAGACGAAACAGAACUCAGAGCUUUACUCUUAGAUAGCCAAGCAAUGUUGUAAAAGAGGGCUCUGGAAGGCAAGGUUCUUUUAAAUGA